CCUGCGGGGCUGGGCCGGGCAGCGAUCCGGCGAGCCCGGGAAGGCACCGGAGCGGCUGCCGCCGCCAGGGGCUGCCCUCCACUCGCGAGCCCCACCGCUGCCCGCCCUGCUCCGUCCCGGCGCGGCGGCCCCCAGUAGAGGGACCCGGGGAGGGGCCGGGGGUCCCUACGGUCGAGCCGCGCCGCACCGCCCCCGGGCGGGGCCGGGAUCGUGUUUCACAUCCUGCCCCGGUCGCUGGCGGAGCGGCCGAGCUGACGAUGGCGGAGAGCUCAGACUGGGUGGAGAUCGUGGAGCCCUGCUCGCAGCAGCGGAUGUAUGUCAACCUGGGCACGGGCGAGUGCGGCUGGGAGCCCCCUGCCAACCUGCGGGUGCGUCAGGCCGACCACAAGCAGUGGUGGGAGCUCUUCGACCAGAACAACAACCGCUUCUACUACUACAAUGCCAUCACACAGCAGACAGUGUGGCACCGACCUCAGGGCUGCGACAUCGUGCCCUUGGCACAGCUCCAGGCCAUGAAGUACAGCUCCCAGCCUGACUGCCGGGGCCAGCAGCGCCGGAGCAGCACUGGCAGCAACGACAGAAGCACCCCUGUCCAAAUGGCCCUCCUGCAAGAGCUGGGGAAGGACAAAGGGGACUGCGCUGCAGAGAAGAGGAAGGGCCCUGGCAGGGAGACUCCUACUCACUGGCAGCCUUUGCCAGGCACAAAAGCAGCCAUGUUGGUCAAAGUGAACAGCCUGAGGCAGGUGCAGAGCUCUUCAAACAGUUCACUUCAACUGCAGAGCACUCCAGAGGCCAACAGCCAGAAACCUCUUCCAAAAGCAGCCAUAUAUGCUCAGCCUCAGCCCAGGUCUCAGAGCCCUGGUGCCAUGAAGCAAAUGCCUGCAGGAGAAGCAAAGCAGUCUAUGCAGAUCAAAAAGACAGAGAAUGGUGGGUUUUGCCUAGUGCUUAAGAAUGAUCCAACGUCUCAAACACCUCCAAGGAACCAGACAGGAACCCCCCAGCUUGCAUCCCCCAAGUAUGCCUCCCCUGCACCCAUAUAUGAUGAGCCAUCCUUAGAGUCCCCAGUUUACGACGAGCCACCUGUAGAUAUGGACACUGAAAGCACCAGUGUGAGUGGGAUGUCUCCACUCAGGUCACCAGGCAAUAGCUUGCAAAAGCAGCUGCAACAAACUAGAUUCUUGCAGCAUGCUGGUGUGCAGCAGCAGCAAGGGGCAAAGCAGCAUGCCAGGAGUCCCUCUGCCAUAGAGUACAGCCCAGCUGGCAGAGAAUACAUAAAGCACAUGGUCAUUGUGGACCAGGCCUCCAGACUCUCUCACUCUUCUGCUGCCACAGCUGAAGGUGCUACUAAACAGCCUGGGCAGCUUACUUCAAAGGACAGCUUCAAGCAGUCUUGGAGAAUCUUGGAAGCCAGCGUCCUCAAGAACAUGGGAGCCCACCACAGUCGGCAGAGCAGCCUGCAAACUCCUGAAUAUCCAACUGGGGUAAGCCAUCAGGACUCUGGUUAUUCCACUGGCCCUUCUCCAAGCUUGAGAAAACGGAAAGGAAGGAGGCAGGGGCCGGGCCAGGGAAGGCCUGGCUCUGUGGGCAGCAGCAGCGAGCUGACGGCUCUGAAUGAUAAGCUGAUUGCGGAGAUGCGCGCUGUGGUGGGCAGGUCGGCAGCCUGCAGGGGAAGCAAGGGCAGCCUCGAUGCCCAGAGCCUGGAGAGUGGCAUCCCAACGGAGAGCAGCAAGGUCAGAUUUCAGUCCGACCACUUGAAGAAAUCCUCCAGCCAGAGCUCGAGGGACGACGUCUCAGCCAGCAACAGGUCCCUCUACAGACAGGGCCUGGAGGGCAGGGGCAGCUUUGCAAGUGAUGCAGCUGCUCCACAGGAUACAGUGAGGCAGAAAAGGACUUUUGAGAAAAUUGAUUCUCUAGAAAAGAAUGUGACCAGUCAGUCCAGCCUGGCUUCAUCAGACGCUACCCGCCUCUCCUCCCAGCCUGGGACAAUGGAGUUGAGCCCAAAGCAGGGGAGCAGUGGGCAGCCUGGCAGCUGCCUGGGCUAUCACUUCCCUUACAGUACCCUCCGGAAGCCGAUCUCCCAGAGCAGCAUGGCAGACUGGGCCUCUAAAAACCUCAACAUGCACACGCAGGGCAUCUUCCGCCGCAGGAUCUCCAUCUCCAACAUGCUCUCCUGGAACGGAGGCUCUAUCAAGAAGCCCAUGCUCAUCACCAGUAACCGUGCCAUCAAAAAGGAGGCCUGUGAGAUGUUCAAGCUGGUGCAGAGCUACAUGGGCGAUCGUCAGACCCGCAUGGAUCGCAACCACGUGGCGCUGGUCGCCGUCACCAAGUGCUGGAGCAUGCAGGGCUUGCGGGAUGAGCUCUACAUCCAGCUGAUCAGGCAGACAACAGAUAACAGCUGCUAUCGCAGCCUGGCCUGGGGCUGGGAGCUGAUGGCCAUCAGCCUGGCCUUCUUCUCCCCAUCACCCAAGUUCCAGUCCUACCUGGAGGGUUAUAUUUAUCGGCACCUUGACAGUGAUGAGAACAUUGCUCAGCGCAUCAAGGAGCUUGUGGAUCUGAAAACCAAGAAGAACUCAAAAUCCAGGAAAAAGAGGAAACAAAACACUGAGGAUGAAGGCCUGCCCAUCAGCACCUAUGCCAGAUAUUGCUACCGGAAGCUCCAGAAAGUCGCCGUCACAGGGGGCAAGAAGGGCCUCCGUAAGCCCACGGUGGAGGAAAUUGCACAUGCCAGGAAUGCCAUCGUGACGCCCUCGCUCUUCGGCAGCUCUCUGGAGGAGAUCAUGCUGCGGCAGCAGGACAUGUACCCGGGGAACAAGCUGCCCUGGGUGCAGACACAGCUGUCACAGCAGGUCUUGGCUCUGGGAGGAGAGCAGACAGAGGGGAUUUUCAGGGUACCUGGUGACAUAGACGAAGUCAAUGCACUGAAGUUGCAGGUCGAUCAGUGGACAAUCCCGAGCAGUGUCAGCGACCCCAACAUCCCAGCCUCUCUGCUCAAGCUCUGGUAUCGGGAGCUGGAGGAGCCUGUGAUUCCCCAGCAGUUCUACAAAGAGUGCAUCAGCAACUACGAGAACCCUGACGCUGCUGUGGCCGUGGUGCAGCAUCUGCCAGAGCUCAACAGGCUGGUGCUGUGUUACCUCAUACACUUCCUGCAGAUCUUUGCUCAGCCAUCGAAUGUGGGCAGAACAAAGAUGGAUGUGAAUAACCUGGCCAUGGUGAUGGCCCCCAACUGCCUGCGCUGCCAGUCAGAUGAUCCACGUGUCAUCUUUGAGAACACACGCAAGGAGAUGUCCUUCCUGCGCAUGCUGAUUGUGCACCUGGACACCAGCUGCAUGGAGGGGCUGCUCUGAGCUGCACAGCCACCGCUGCCUGCAGAGUCUGGCUGCCUCAAGUUUUCUCCCCUCCACUUAGAUUUCUUCCAUUUUCCUUGCUGUUGUCACUCCCUGGGUUAGCCCCUGAGGAGGUUAACCUCAAGGACAAGGACUGGACAUUCCUGGAAGGCUCAGGCUGUUCAGCACCAGGAAGUCCUUGGACAGGCCAGACCAGAUUCAGUUGUUCCUGGCCCUCCCAUGUGCCAGCAAGGCAGUCCCCCUCCUUGGAGCUGCAGGACUGCUUGGUGAUUGGAAGGGCUAUGACACCCAUGAGAAGAUGCUUCCUGGGACAUUAAGACUCUGCAUCUCCCUUCUGGACGCAGAGCUGGCUUCAGCAGGUGGACAUUACUCCUGUGUUGUGGUCCCGGGGCAAUUGCUGCCUUAUUGGGGAUCAUCUCGCUGCUAUGGAGCCAGUCUGGUUCACCUCUGCAGGCCAUUGGCUGUGGGUGCGAGAGUUGUUCUGACAACCCCUGGAUGCUUUGGGCAGUGGGGUGGCUGAGAGCCCUGGUAGGCUAGAUUCACCUCACCAACUCCUAUAGGCAGCUUUGGAGCUGUGCAGCACUAUGUGGUCAGCAUGUGGGACCAGUCCUGUGCUGAGCUAAACUAGCUCCCAUUCCUUGAUGAGGACGAAAGAAAGGCUGUGCACCUGACAACAGAUAAACAAUCUCUUUGGAAUCCUCCUAAUGAGGGCCAGAGCCUCCAGAGGGGUAGUCCAAGCAGCCUAGCAUCUCCCUUCUGACAUGGGCAGCGUAAUCUGACAAACAGCUUUCUGGAUGAGCAUCUGAGACAGUGCUUAAGGCAGCCCGUGUGGCUCUAGCACACCCUUGUCCCCCUCCUGCUUCAGUCCAGGUCUAAAGAAAGCUGUAACAAGUGUUGCUGUGCUUGGAUGUGCCCUUCCUGGAAGAGCAGCAGCACUGCUCUGUGCUUUUGAAAUGCUGAUGCUGCCUGAGGUCAGCUGUGGCACCUAUGCUCUUCCCACCAAAUUCCCACAGGAAUUGCAAAGAGAUUGGGAUGGGGGAGGUCUGAGCAGCUGAGAUGUGGUAGAGCUUGCAUAGGGGUGGUGUUAGGUGGGCAUCUUGACAUUCUCACUGCUGCUGUUAAAGCCCUGCAGCUUUCUCUGUGCUGCCAGGAGGAAGGCACAGCAAGGGCAGUGUGGUUCAGAGGCAGUGUGCAGAUUUCCUGCAGCCCAGCACUGGUGCCUGUUCCUUAGCAAGCAGCAGCAGCCAGUUCUGUGGCAUCCUGGCAUUACUCUCUUCCUUUGAAGUGUCUUCCCUGAUGGAGGCUGAUCUGCUCUAAAAGCUGUGUCUGCAUUACUCGUGCAAUGCUGAGUCUGCUGGUAGCACCCAAGGAUGCUUUGCAUUUCUGCAUCCCUAUCCUUUCCAGGUGGGGCCCUGAAUCAAUCUCUCCUGCUUGCAGUGGGGAGCUGAACCCUGCCGGCAGUGAAUUUUAAAGCAAAUGUAUGAAUCUGUACUGAAAGUUUGGGCAUCAGGUGCCAUGUGCAGGGAGUGCCCUGAGCCUGCUGGCUGUGUGGGUCUCUGAUGUGCAUCAGUGAAGUUUCUGGGCACACAUUUGCUCAGAUGAAGUCCAUAGCAGCAGUCCAGUUUGUGCCCAGCUGAACAAGGGUCAUGGGUCCUCCCCUUGUAUCAGAUGUUUCUGUGGUCCACGGGGCCAGGAAAUCUUGCUCUCACAUCAGGAUUGGCACUGUCAAAUAUCCCCCUCCAAAAAGGUGCUAGAAUCCCAUUCAUACACCUAUCCCAUCCCAUCCAUUCAGCAUGGUUGGCGAGAAGCCCUCAACAACUUGCACUUCAGAUAUGGGGCUGCUUCCCCAGAGCUGUAGAGACAGGCAGGGGGCUCCCAGCUCUGCCAUCUUGUGUGGAAAUUUGACUCCUUGAACAGGCUUCUGCCACAUCCUGCCCCACCAUGGGCUGGAGCAGCCAUGUGGUGCCUGCCCCAUCUUUGGGCUGCCUAUGCCUGUGUCGGGCUUCCCCUGCAUCCAUCCACCAUGCAGGUGACCCAGGUUCCUCCUUGCACCUAGCUGUAGCAAGUCAGUCAAACUGUAGGCAUUUACUGCUAUUACAAAUGGAUGCUUCUACCAGGGUUGUACAAUAGGCUAACAAGUGACACUGGAUAUUGGUUUCUUUGCCAACAGGUUUGUAAAUAGAAGUCAGUAAAGCAACCUCUCCUCUGAUAUAAGAAUAAACACGAUCUCUGUGGUUGCCUCUUUUCUUUUUCAA